AUGUUACGGUGAGUUUUAUUCACUAUCCUCUUCUUUUACCAUGUUUUACCCCUUUACAAAAAACAUUUACUUAUUUUUCAGCUCCACUUCCCUCAUUCCGACCUCAUUUUCGAACGGGAUUCCUCGCCAUUUUGGCGGGACAAUCAAAAGAUUCGCGUCAUAUCGACAAGUUGUGGUGCCAAAUUUUCCUCUCCACAAGAAGCCUGGGAAAACUGUCAGCCUCCAAGUCGCGCAGCCAUCGGAUCUUGGGACCUUCGAGAAGUACUGCAAAACUUUGUACCAUCCAGAACCCUUGACUAUUGCUCUGGGUGAGUUCAUCUUUGCCUCAUUUUUAGCGGGGCAAAAUUGGCAUUCUACUUUUCAUGCGGAGAAAGAAAGAUAUUCUCUCAAAAAUCUGCUUUUGUCUUGUCUAUUUUACAAGGGAAGUACACCAAGUGCGACGCACGUCAAACUAGACGAAAUGUAAAAAACCGAUAGCGAAGUGUCUAUUCCGGUCACCGGACUCCUCAGUUUGACGUGCGACGCCCAUAUUUUCUUCGAAUUUUGCCCACACGUCAGGCAUAGGGUAAAAGUUCCUUAUUUUGGCCACAACUUAUAACUUUGCGGAAACUGGUCGGAAUUAGCCCAAAUUUAGCAUGCACGCUCAAUUCAUCGUUGUCAAUGCCCGGGCAGUGGAUUUAGAUAGUGAGGUCCCUUCUUUUUACGUACCACGUUACCCUUCAAAAACGGCUGCAGCCUGUGAUUUUACACUUUAUACGAUGAAACAUGUCCGGAACUAAACUUAUUGCCUCCGUAUGGAACUAAAUGAGUCGUCACAGCCUUCGUAGGUACCCUUAAAACUAUAGGGCUAUUAUUAUAGUAAUUCAGUGCCAGCUAGGUUGAAGCGUUUUUUCCUAACUUUAGUGCCCAAGCUUGGGCGCAGUUCGCGGAGUACCUUUGUUGUGGCCAAAAUAAGGAACUUUUUCCCACAUAUCAAAUUCGGCUAGUUUUAGGUCGAAUUUUUCAGGGGCAACCGGGAUAUUGUAUGAGCUUUGCGGCCAAGAGAGUAUGCGAAAAGCGGAGAGCGGUCAGUGUGGAAAAGCAUUUUUUGGCCGUAUCUUUUCCAGCUUCUUGCGGAAAAAUUGUUUGGGAGAAAAUUGCACUCUAGGGUAUAAAUGUAUGAAACUUUUUGUGCCAAAGUUCGCCAAAAAAAAUUUCCGCUUUUUUGCCAGUUUUCGACCAAAAAAUCUUGGUUGUUUCUGCAAAGCGCCGGCUAGGAGGCUGGCAUAUCUCUCAGAAAAAAUUAUUCUAAAUUUGUGUCAAGCUUUUUCAAAAUCUGAGCAUUGCACUUGUGGUUCUUCCCUUGAGAAAGUUAUAAUCGACAAUUUUUUUCUCUUGCCGUCUCACUUUCUGAACUGUAUAUUACAAAAGGUUUUAAUCAUCUCUCAAGUACCACUACAGAUUAUAGCUGAAAAUUCACGGGGAUUGGUGCAUGGCUUAUAGGCACUGCUCGUUUUCAAAAUUACGAAGAAAAUCUUACAAGAACUGCUCCCCACGACAGCUUAUGUUAUAUGUCAUACAAAUUCUUCUCAACUUCAAAACUUUUAUUUUUCAGGGUGCCCUCCGGAAGACAUCUUGAAGUAUUUCACCUUGCCCUUGAUCGAAAAGUGCCUCCGUUUCCCGUAUUCUAUCAUGAUCAUGGACGGCGACCAGAUGGUUGGGUUUGCUUUGAGCAAAGUUGAAGUUUUUGAUGAGAGCCGAACCUUCGCACCGGUUGAAGUGGAUGACUUUGGGCCAAGUAAGAGACGACAAAAUUGCUCUUUGUGGUUUCAGAAGUAAUAUAGCUGAACUUUCCUUACUUUUUUUUUGUUUUUCAGUGUUCGACAACUACGCGAAACAACAUGGUAUCACGGAGAAGAAGAUGAAAUAUUUUCUGGGGCUUGCCUACUACGGUGCCGAAGUUGUCCCCAAUUUUCUGCCCAAAAUGGAACGAUACAUCUUGGGAUUUGGGGCACUGGCGUCGGUCGCUAAGCCGUACACUGGGUAAGGAAGUUGAAUUUUUUGAGAGUUUUAAAAUUUGGGCUGUAAACAUGUCUGAGUGACUAUGAAAAAUUAAAAAACAUACGUUCAAUGUUGAGCUAUCAGCAUCUUGAUUUGUUUUAUACCUAUCAACAAUAAAAUCUGACCGUGUUUCAGAAAUGGCAUCAGUUCCGUUCUACUCAUCGAAACGGCCCGUCAAAUGGCCGCCGAUCGGAUUUGCAACUACAUUUAUGGGAAUGCAACGGCCACUGAGACGGCAAGAGUGGGCGGGAAGAAAGGUGCGUGCGAGGUUUGGCGCCUCAACUACGACGACAUCAAAGUUGAUGGGGAAUUUCCGCUCAGAAAGAGAGAAGGCAAAGCCGGCCUCGGAGCGAUCACUGGGAACUUUGGGCUGGUCCAGGAUAUCGCCAAAUACGACUAUAUGAAAAGAAAAUAG